AUGCCACCUACUUUUAAACACGUCCCUCUGGAGGAAUAUCUUCAUCUUGACCAAUACAUUCCACGCCCCCUGGAUGAAGCGCGGCUAGCCGAACUCAAAGCUCUGUGUUACGAUGACGAACUGCAAAGAGCAUACGUUGUACUGCAGCAGCACCACGUUUACAUGUACUUUUCCAAGCACCAGAGCGAGCUGGAACUGUCCGACGCAAUCAAGCGAGUGCUCAGGAGCUUAGACGAGAAAACGUUGGAGGCGCAGAAAUUGCGUGCGAAACUCGAAGGGAUAGAGAAGAGGAUAGAGAAGAGGAUCGAAGAGAAAGAAACCAAGUGGUUAGACGAGAAUGGGGAUCAUGAAGUAGCUGGCGAUCAUGUGCCGACGACAAGUGUGGACGGGUUCCACGAGAUGGACGCGUCAGGGGGCGAACAGUAA